AUGAAACAAAAGCGCGUCAUGGACCUCCUGGCCAAGACGCGCAAGCCGUUCAACGCCGUGGAGCUCCGCAACGAGCUCGGGUUCCCCGUGGACGUCCCGGAGCUGUGGGACAUGCUCCUCCACAACGAUAAGCUCUUCUACGACGAGCGCGUCAAGCGUUUCUCGUACAAGGCGAAGCACGCGCUCGCGGACCGCAGAGAGAUGCUCGCGUUCAUACAAAAACGCCAGGACGGCGUGUUGGUGGAGGACGUCGUCGACGCCUACGCCAACGCGCUCGACGACGCGGAGGCGCUCAUCGAGGCCAAGCUCGUGAUGACGCUGCACAACGCGGAGACGCGGAAGCGGGUGCUGUACCCGCUGGACGACGCGUACGAGGCUGGCGACGUGUCGGAGACGACCGCCGGGUUGUUUCACGGCGUGGAGCUGCCCGCGGAGGACGACGCGUUCGACGCCGCGCUGCGGGCGAUCGGGGAGGAACCCGCGCCGAGGCGGGACACGAGGGGGGGGAAGACGGAGGACGACGACGAGUUCGACGCGGAAGGUAACAGGAAGAUUAAGACGAAGAAGAAGAGGGCGGUGAACUUUGAGCGGAUGAAGCUCACGAACGUGCACUUGCCGGAGAUGUUCAAAAAAGGCGCCGCGGGGGACGGCGUCGACAGGCUGGACGGGUGA